AUGCCGUCCAAAACGGAAUUCGAUGCCGAAAUCGAGGGCGAGAGGUUCAUUGAACUCAACCUCGACAUCCACGCACUAAUAUUAUCGGUCUUUGGGUGCCCAGAGAAUUACCCUGCACAAGCUCAGCUGAAGUAUUUGGAUACUCUCGAAGAGAUCUGGCGCGAUCAGGUUGGUCGCAGCUGGCAUCAAUGUAAUAUUCUCGCCGGUAAGCUGGUCGACCUAUUGGGUAAAGUGAGACUUGAGGGCAAUGAGAACCAUGGUUGGGGAACCAAAUUUGGGUUACAGAGGAGGAAGGAUAUCGACAGAAUAUUUGUCGAGAUAAAUGCAGAAAUCAAUACCAUAAUGCUACAAGGCAAUGAAGAACCCAAUGUUGAGGUUGCCUCUGCAAAGAUUAUCCGAAACCCUUUUGCAGCGGAUCCAGCCACCGAUCGUGACGUUAUCAAGACCACAAAAGGCGAAACCGUUCAAGGGACGUGCGACUGGGUUCUUCAUACGCCCGAGUUCAUCAAAUGGAGAACCUCUGAUGAUAACCUUCUAUGGAUAUCAGGGGGUAUAGGGUCUGGCAAAACUCUGCUAGCAGUCUAUCUCACUGAGCAGUUACAGCUCACGAUGGCUUCCGACGAGAUUCUACUCUAUUAUUUCUUUGAUGCCAGACUUGAAUUACGAAAUAACGCUGCUUGUUUAGUUCGGAGCCUGAUAUAUCAGCUUGUUCAGCUAGAUAAGGAUGGUAAACAUGGCAAUCAGUGGUGGAAGACACGGUUCCAAUUUCUCUGGUAUAUGUUCAUCGAGAUACUCCAAGAUCUAAAAGGCUGUCGAGUUGUCGGUGUCCUUGAUGGCCUUGAUGAAUGCGAAUCAAGAUCAUUGGAUCUUAUCUUGAAGAAGAUCAAGCUUGAUAUUCCCGGCCUUCCGAUCAAAUUCGCCAUCUUAAGCCGCGUUGCCCCGCCAGCUUUGGAAGAUCUCAUGAGUCAAUAUCUGGGGGUCAACUUAGAUGCGCCUUUUCGAGUCGACGCCCUGAGACAGUACAUCAGUGCAAGUCUUUCGGCUCUGCCAGAGGUUGAAAAACUUCCAACCGGUGUCAAUAGCCUUGUAAAGGAUCUUUUGCAAGGACGAUCGGGAGCCUCAUACCUAGGCAAUAGAGCUAUUGACUCUACCAGCCUCACCAUAGAUAAUAACACUCUACCAUUUCACUAA